UGUGUCACAUAUCCCCAAGCUUCUAACAAUCCCCAGACGUUUCCGGUUUCCCAAAUACAAUACUUUCAAAAUUAUCGGCUGGAGGUUAUAGUUUCGAUUUGGCCUCGACUCAUAAUCCAGAAUGUCAGAAGUGUACGAGGAAUUCAUCACCCUGACGCCCCUCAACUGUCUCCAGAAGGUCAAUGCGCUGCUCGGCUCCGAUCCACCCAAAACCCGAGGAUGCGGUCUGUUUCUGACCCUGUUCGGGGUGUACUGCGGUGUGCUCAUGUACCGGACAUAUCGAAACUAUUGCCGUACUCGGGAUGCCAAAGAGAACAAGGUGCCCUUUCAGGCGAAGAUCGAGGCUAUCAACAGCGUGCCAACUCCCAGUCUGGUGAGCGAGCACGCUUCCUCGCAGACGCCUAUCCACAUGCAACCCGUUGGCGGCAGCUCCAGAACCGAUAUAAGAUGGCGAUAUGGUGAUCCGCAAAAGGCCUCCACCGCAUUCAGAGCUAGCUCAGCAGAUGAUGAGGAUGUCCCACAAAGACGACAUGUAACGGAGAAGGAUGCCCCUACGCCCAGCACGGUCUCCAUAGCCACGUCCACAACGACCUCAAGACCGACAACGGCCCCUCACGGUAGCCGCAUCGAUGGCGACUCCACCAACUCCACUCCCUUUAGAACAUGACCCUGUUCUGGCAUUUGGAUUCUGCGAUUGGCCAAAUACAUAUGAUCCUUAUGAAACCUA